AUGGGCGCUCAAUUCAGCCAAAUCUUUAAGAAGUGGUUCGGUAACAGAGAAACUCGUAUCCUUAUGCUUGGUCUCGAUGCUGCCGGUAAGACAACAGUUCUCUACAAACUCAAACUCGGUGAGCAUGUCACAACAAUCCCAACAAUCGGUUUCAACGUUGAAACCAUCGAAUAUAAGGGCUUCAACAUGAACGUUUGGGAUGUCGGUGGCCAGGACAGAAUCCGUGCCCUCUGGCGCCACUAUUUCCACAACACACAAGGCCUUAUCUUCGUCGUCGACUCUAACGAUGUUGGCCGUAUUGAUGAAGCCCGCGAUGAACUCCACAAGCUUCUCGAGGAAGACGAGCUCCGUGAUGCAAUUCUUCUUGUCUAUGCUAACAAGCAGGAUCUUCCAAACGCUGUUAAGCCACAGGAACUCGGCAACAGACUCCGCCUUAACACAAUUACUAACCGCCCAUGGCAGGUCCAGGGAUGCUGCGCUACAACAGGCGAUGGCUUAUAUGAAGGUCUCGACUGGCUCGGUGAUCAGAUCAACCAGCACUUCUAA